AGGCGUUGCGGCCUCGAUCUCAUCUGAAUCUCGGAAUCUCUAUCGUAACCGCAAGCGCGUCCGACCGUCCAUCCAGCCCAUCCAAUCCGCCCGCUGCCCCGCGCGCAGGGGCGCCGUAGCCCCAGCCGCCGCUCGGCCACCGCACCUCUUCAGGGCGCCCCCAGGGCGCGGCCACGAGUCCCGUCCGGUUCCUAUAAUACAGGGGCGCCAGGCGGGGACAGCAGGGGCCCGACACGCCCGCAACAAGGACGAGGGCGAGUUCGCCUCACCACGCGCCGCGCGCCCGCCCGGGUGGCGUGCAUGGCCGCGACCGCGUGCGCCUACGGGUACCAGCAGCAGGGGACCCGGCCGCUGGCGCUGGCCGCGCCGGCGAGGUCCUCGUCGCAGGCACCCGACCCGUUUCUCACCGGCUUCGAUGAUGAUGCGGCGGUAACGCCGCCCCCGCCGCCGCCGCCGCCACGGCAGUGCACCAAGGCGCCUCCGCCCUUCCCGCCGCGCCACCUCGGGAUCUGCACCGAGGGCCUCGGCUCCGAGAGCUCCGGUGACAUCGACCUCAGCGAUCUCUCCGACGAUGUCAACACCCUGGUGGUGCCGUGCAAGAGGCAGCACCGCGACGGCGGUGGCGAGGGGCCGGGGAGGCGGGCGAGGGGCGGGAGGCCGGCGCCGUUCCCGCCCCCGAUCUCGGUGAUCGGGGCCGGCGGGAAGCCGUGGCUCUACCUCCGGCCCCACCGGGAGGACGGCCGCCUCGUGCUGCGGGAGAUCAGGAUACCGUCCCGGGAGCUGCUCCAGGCGCGCCGGGAGGGCGGCCGGUUCAAACUCCAGUUCGCGCAGCACCAGCCGGAGGACGAACCGGAGGAUGUGCAUCAUCAUCAUCAUCAUCAUCAUCAAUGCCAAGACCAUGAACCAGCAGAUGAGAAAAAGCAAGAAGGGCACGAAUAGAACAGGGUUUUAGAUUAUUGCUCCGAGGUUUAAUCAGCACUCGUCAACAAGUUCCACACGCCUAGUGUUGUUUUUUUUUCUUUCACUUUCAGAGAGAUGUAAAUAUAGCGGAAUUUAUGUUCA